AUUACAGAACGGAACAAAAUUUGUCAACGUCAAAUCAAAAUACCAAGUGACACGUAACUUCAUAUAAUUAAAUUAGAUUUUUGUGACCUCCAAAUGUGAAAAUUUCACCAAAAAAAUUAUAUGUACCGUUUAUUUACAUCGCGACAUCAUGUCCGAUAAAGGUUAUGGUGACUGUACUAAUCGGAAUGUGGUUAAAAAUCCUCUUCUCUCCACCGCCGUGACUGGGCUUUCCGUCGAAGAUUUGACGCAUAAUGCAGUAUUAUUGCCAGCGGUGCCCAGCCAGGAACUAAUAGCAAGACAAGAUGAACGAAACUUGUUCCAAAACGUUACCCUGGGGCACUCCGAUCACGAUAUCACAAAUUUUCCGUCCGGCGACGCCGCUUUCGCAUCCACACAGCCGAGACAACUGUCCAAUAUAAAUCAGUUGGAACAACAAAAACAAUCGCAAAACGCAAAUAUCAAAGAAAAUUAUAUGACUUGUAAGUCUAAAGAUAGCAUCAAAUCUGAUGACGAUUUUGACUUUAACGAAUAUUUUGUGAGGUUACAAGGCACUAGAUACGUGAGCGCACCGAUUAACAGUAACCUUAAAGAGGACCAAAACGCUAAUCUCCAGGUUGAGGAGAAUCUGGAGGAGAUAAACCUCAACGAGCCGGAUAAACUGGUCCAGGAGGACAUCCAGAACAGCCUGACGGCUGAUAUAGCGCAAAACUUUUCGCAACUGCCAAGCGUUCUACCUCAGGUCGCGAGCGCCGUGUUCAGCUCUUUCUCGAAUAUGUUAAGCUUAAAGAACAAAGAUCAAAUAUCUGAUGAUAGUAAGAAUUGCCAACACGCACAACUUCAGGAUAUGACGGUCUCUGCACCAGGACCUGGACCCUCGGCUCCGAGUGCACCACCGCUGACGGAACCGCCCGUAUCAAGUAACACAUCAAAUUACCGCAUCACUACUAAGAAGAAGGUCUACGCACAGAUACCUGGAAUUAUCUCCAGUGAUAAUAAUGUACACACGUUCAGUAUGCCGUCUGUCGGUCAAACGACGAACUAUUUCACACCAGACAUGAGUAUCAAAGACGGGAAAGAAGGGGAUGUGGCGGAAGAGGAAGUCGUAGAUAGGAAGGAAGAAAUGAAGGCUUACGAUAUGUUCAAUGAAAAUGCUCUUCAAACAGAACAGUUCUCUCACAGUAUGAAUUCUGACCAGCGUCAGGAAGGGAUAAACAUGAAUGUAUUCCAUAAUAUGCCCAUUCAACAGCGAGAAACUUUAAAUAUAAAAGAAAAUAUGUAUAAUAAGAGUCACACAGAAACUGCGACUUCUGAUACAGAAGCGUUAGGCCACACAGAAGAAAUAAAUAUUCAGGAAAAUCUACAGGACACCAUCAAUAACUCGUUCAACAAAUUUAUUCCGAUAUCCCAAGAACCAUCCGCAAUAAUUCCACCACCGCCAAUGUUUAGUAGUUUACCGCGAAGAGACAGUCAAUCAUCAGGGAGAUCUGUGCUCCCGCCGUCAGUAGCAAGGCGUAUAGGCGCGCAUCAGCCAGUAAUCAAGAAUCAAACCUCAAACAUUCCUUUGCCUGAUAAUAUUUUUGUCCCAAACGUGUCUGAUAUUGGUCCGCUAGGUGCAAGUAAAGAACCACAAACCAUUUUAACGCAAUAUCCGCAGCAAGAUUCCAUAUACAACGCUCCAAUAGUCCAAACAGAAGGUUCUGGACUUUGCAAUCCGUAUAUCCAAACAACAGGAACGUUUCCUUCUCAGGACGUUGUUAAUUCAUCAUUUUUCACACAACCAACAAGUACAAUGGAUGUUCCACUUCAACAAAAUAAUCCCAUUGAAUCAAAAGUAGGGUCAGAGGCCAUUAAACUUCCUAAUGUAUUUAGUCCAUACUCAGAAGCUACUAAACCCGUUAAUAUAGUAAACCAAAAUGUAAAUCUAAAUCAACCCGAAAAGACUGAACAAAUCUUAGCUCCACUAUUCUUCAGCCCCGCAAAUAUAUCGCAAACAACUUAUAACUCCCCCCCACAAGAAGGCCAAACCGGGUCCAUUGCACAAAGUACAGUAACUCCAUUUCACAGCACGAGUACGGUCCCAGAGCCUCCAAAAGCGAUCCCAGAACCACCAAAACUAACUGGCAACCUCAACUAUAGAAUGAUCAAAAAAAGACCUCAGUAUUAUUCUGGUCCAAUAGAAGGGUUUGGGAGCAUUAGUAAUAACAUAAAACCAACCAUACAGCCAGUUGACGCUACUCCUUUUUCGGGAUCGCUGUUCCAUAAUGACCCCUUAUCAGUUCCUCCAUUGUCUGUAGAUUACAAUCCACCAGUCAUCCAAAACCCGUCAUACGACAUAAACAGCUCGAUACAUUUAGCCGGGCAGUCAGCGGUCGAUCCAUAUUUACCGCAAGUAAAAACUCACGAACAAACCGAUUUUAAUACGGCAUUCGAUUUAAGCAGACCGACUACAGAAAGAUAUGAACAACCCCCGCCCCCGCCCCCGCCCUCAGAACCGAAAGGAUUCGGCAUUAUCGGAUCGUUGAAGUCUAAACUCAGCUCGAUCGAUAUCAACAAAAUACAAAACACCGUAACCACAUUCUUCGACCCCGCUUACAAUGAAUCGAAAAUUGAUCAAAACAACCCAACGGAAUCUAGCUUCCAUUCAAUCUCUGGGAACUAUCAGAACUUUCCACCUCACGAAAGCGCUGCUUUAGAAGUAUUUGUACCCAACAUAGAAAACGAAUAUCAGCAGUCAAAUCCGUACAAUUACCAACUACAGACCCACCAGCUGUACAACAAUCAACAGUAUUAUCCCAAACAAGAGUAUUUCAAUCCACCCCAGGGUUACUCAAACGAUUUCUACUCAAACUAUCCGUCCAACACAAACUUAUCAACAACAGAUGCUUACAUACCAGCGGCCCCGAUUAAUAACGAUAGCGUUCAGCCCACAAACGCCCAACCAUUGAUGGGUACCGCCGCAUCAUGUAGUCCGGAAUACGUUCAGUCUGGUGGAAAUCCUCAAGAAAAGGAAAAACAGACAGCCAUUGACGAUACACAGCUAGUGGAAACUGCCAAAAGCGCACUUGACGAAUUCGGAAUAACAGGCAACGUUGUACAUAGUGAAAAAGUCGUAUCUAACUUUAAUCCGGUAAAGAUAACUGAAAAAUGUGACGUCGAGGGAAUAGCAGUUACUGACUCCCUUGAAAGCAAUUACGGUUUCCCUGACAAAGUGAUACAACCACCACAAAAAUCGUGCAAGGAUGUUAAACCUGUCAACUUUAACACGGAUGAUAAAACUUUGACGUCCAACAGUGACAUCAUAAAGGAAUUACAAUCCGUGGCUGAUUCCACCCUGAAGAAAGUCUUCGACUGCCAAACGCCGGUCGUGGUGGAAUCUGCUCUGGAAAAUGAUAAUUAUAUAACAUCAGCCGCCCCUGAUGCUGCUUUGGAUCCCUUGAAAUCCUUUUUCGACUACCCACAUCCAAUAUGCCCACUGGCUACUUCUAAAAAGGACUUUAUCGAAGUCGCUGAUUGUAAUCCAUUGGCAAAUGACUCGUUGAAAUGCUUCUUCAAUUCUCCAGCUCCAACAGCUAGUCAUGGAUUGGAAUUAAAGAAUGAAUUUAUUAAUCAAAAUACUCAAAGCGUAAUAAGCACCAGUCACGUUAUCCAAGGCCUUUCAGAAUCAGCUGAUUUCAAAGGCUUAUGUACGGUAUUAAAGGCUAAAAGUGAAAAUCUUCAGCCCCCCACUCCGUCUACUGUUCAAAAUGCUUUAAAUGAGACUCCAUUGUUUUCAUUAUUUGACCAACCACCUCUGCUACCCCCUGUGCCUUCAUUCGAUUUAUCGAAGAUAUCCUCCUCAUCUCUACCAACAUCCAACAACGAAUCAGCUGCUAUACAAAACAUAGAAAAUAAAAUGGAUAAUAUCUCUCUAUACGAUGCUGUCGAUAAUAUGGCAAAGUUUGAACGAAGGUCGAGCUUCUUUGACAAAACUAUGCCAAUAGAAAAUGAUGAAAAACCGCUCGAUAGUCAAACCACUGAUCUCAAUAUUUGGACCGAGGAUAAGGGAGCGGAUUUAACCACACAGUUAAUUGAGAACAUUACCGCGCCUAUACAGUUAGCAUAUCCGGUUGACUUCCCGACUGCUAAGACAUUAUAG